UCCGAAUGGUUCAGCUUGGAUGUGGGCGGGAUAUGUGUCAACUCAUUGACCAAUCAAAGGACGGGAAUUUUAAAACUUUGCAAAGAAAUGUUUUAAAAAAUGAACUUAUUCCGAACUGAAGUCAUAAACCAACUGAUCUCCAAAAGGCAACCAUAGAAUCCAACUGAAGAAUCCAAGACUCGUUUACAAAAAUAGAAACUUCGUCACACAUUGAAAGAUGGCUACCUCCAUGUUGAGCGGCACCACUCCCCCGAUCGGACACCCUUUGGCCCCGUCACACGCGCCGUACCCCGGAACACAGACGUCCGUCACCAGGUCUAAGGUCCAGGACAGUUCGCCACCAAUUCCAAGGAUGGCUCACCAAGCCUACCCAUCCUACCCUGGACCCGACCCUCGUGUGUAUGGUCAGUUCCCUCCUCAGAUGCCUGGCUUUCCGACCAAUCCUUGGUUCCCCUCAUACCAGCACUCUGCCAUGUUGACGACACAGCUCCCCGACCAGAGGAUCCCACCGAUGAUGUACAUGCCUCCGAUGAUGCCAGGGCAGGGUUUCCCAUUCAUGAGCAAGGACAACUUCUUCCAUCGCAACACCAAGAACGAACUGAGAGCAGCUAUCUUUGAAAGAGUCCUUGGUACAUUUCCCAAGCUUCAGAAGAUGUUGACCCAGAGCAGCAAACCCAAUCUCUCAGCUCCGGAGAAUUUCCCAGAUUGCCGAUUUGCCCACCAGCCUCGUCAAGAGACCGUGUCGCCCCCUGGUGUGUUCCUGCCAAGCCUGUCCAUUGAUGAUGAAGAUCUUGGGUAUAGAUUGAGCCCUAUCCUGUCCCGACCGAACAAUUCUCCCGCCAUGGAGCUGUCUCCGUACCUCACACAACUCAUUGACCAGGUGAUGGACAACUCUCCGGACCUCGCUGACAUCAUCAUGGAUUCUUCCUCCUCCAGCAUCGACACGCCCAACAAGUCAGACUCUUCAGACCUCAGCGGCUUCGUCCCCAUCAAAGCCGAGCCCAUCACUCCACCAAAGCCUUCAGAGAUUUCACCACCCACCAUCACCAAGACUGUCAACAGGGAAUUCGUCCCCGACCAAGAUCGUCUGUGAAAUCUGCCAGAAAGUCUUCUCAUCCAAAGCCAACCUUAGAGUGCACAUGCGACGACACAGCGGAGAGAGGCCCUUUAAGUGUGAGUGGUGCAGCAAGACCUUCAA